AUGGAUGCCACAUUUCGUAGAAGCAAUGUAAAUAGUAAUUACGCUGGAACAACGCUCACCUCACUGAGCAACGGAAGCGUUUAUUGUUUUUUUGGAGCCGGAUUCUUCUCUAAUGUCGAUGGCCAAAACAUCUUGAGCGCUCGGCUCAUCUCUGAAGAGUUAACCAUAGCGCUGAAUGUCCUUACUGAUGAUGUGAACACUGCCGCUGAUGUGAAGCUGUUCUUAGCAGAUAUAGAUCGAUCAUCACCGAUUCAGGGCUUAUUGAGAGCGGUAUCACAGGUCAGAACAACGACAACUACCACAACUACAACUCCAACUACCACAACUACCACUCCAACCACAACAACUACCACUCAAACCACAACAACUACCACUCCAACCACAACAACUACCACUCCUACCACAACAACUACCACUCCAACCACAACAACUACCACUCCAACUUCAACAACUACCACUCCAACCACAACAACUACAACUCCAGACACAACAACUACCACUCCAGACACAACAACUACCACUCAAGCCCCCGCUUCAACCACCACAUCUACCAUAACUACUCCAACCACACCAACCCCGACGACUACAGUCCCAGUGGAUGUCCCAACGGUGACAGUUACUGUCACAGAUUUGAUAGCAACGGCUGGUGAUAACGUAACAUUGGGCUGUAACGUGACGGGGUACCCCAAUAUUACCGAGGUAUACUGGCAGAGGAUGGUCAAUGGAUGGGGACCGGAAACACUAGUAAUUGAUGGAGUUGAUUACACAGGCGUGACUCUGGAUGACCCUUCUUUAACAAUUAUUACCAUAGAAACUGCCGACAGUGCUGUAUACGUGUGUAAAGCCAACAACAGUGUGGGGACCGGAAGUGGUGACUACGUCACUCUCAUGGUUCAAGAUGUCCCAAAGGUGACAGUUACUGUCACAACUUUGAUAGCAACGGCUGGUGAUAACGUAACAUUGGGCUGUAACGUGACCGGGUACCCCAAUAUUACCGAGGUAUACUGGCAGAGGAUGGUCAAUGGAGGAGAACCGGAAACACUAGUAAUUGAUGGAGUUGAUUACACAGGCGUGACUCUGGAUGACCCUUCUUUAACAAUUAUUACCAUAGAAACUGCCGACAGUGCUGUAUACGUGUGUAAAGCCAACAACAGUGUGGGAACCGGAAGUGGUGACUACGUCACUCUCAUGGUUCAAGAUGUUCCAACGGUGACAGUUUCUUCCGGUAAUUUGAUUGUGACGGCUGGUGAUAACGUAACAUUAGGCUGUAACGUGACGGGGUACCCCAAUAUUACCGAGGUGUACUGGCAGAGGAUGGUCAAUGGAGGGGAACCGGAAACAUUAGCAAUUGAUGGAGUUGAUUACACAGGCGUGACUCUGGAUGACCCUUCUUUAACAAUUAUUACCGUAGAAACUGCCGACAGUGCUGUAUACGUGUGUAAAGCUAACAACAGUGUGGGGACUGGAAGUGGUGACUACGUCACUCUCAUGGUUCAGGAUGUUCCAACAGUGACAGUUUCUGCCGGUAAUUUGAUUGUGACGGCUGGUGAUAACGUAACAUUGGGCUGUAACGUGACGGGGUACCCCAAUGUUACCGAGGUAUACUGGCAGAGGAUGGUCAAUGGAGGAGAACCGGAAACACUAGCAAUAAAUGGAGUUGAUUACACAGGCGUGACUCUGGAUGACCCUUCUUUAACAAUUAUUACCGUAGACAUUGCCGACGGUGCCGUGUAUACGUGUAGAGCCAACAACAGUUUAGGGACCGGACGUAGUGCCUACGUCAAUCUAAUGGUUCAAGAUGUUCCCACGGUGACAGUUUCUUCCGGUAAUUUGAUUGUAAUGGCUGGUGAUAACGUAACAUUGGGCUGUAACGUGACGGGGUACCCCAAUAUUACCGAGGUGUACUGGCAGAGGAUGGUCGAUGGAGGGGAACCGGACACACUAGUAAUUGAUGGAGUUGAUUACACAGGCGUGACUCUGGAUGACCCUUCUUUAACAAUUAUUACCAUAGAAACUGCCGACAGUGCUGUAUACGUGUGUAAAGCCAACAAUAGUGUGGGAACCGGAAGUGGUGACUACGUCACUCUCAUGGUCAAAGAUGUCCCAACGGUGACAGUUACUGUCACAGAUUUGAUAGCAACCGCUGGUGAUAACGUAACAUUGGGCUGUAACGUGACGGGGUACCCCAAUGCUACCGAGGUCUACUGGCAGAGGAUGGUCAAUGGAGGAGAACCGGAAACACUAACAAUUGAUGGAGUUGAUUACACAGGCGUGACUCUGGAUGACCCUUCUUUAACAAUUAUUACCAUAGAAACUGCCGACAGUGCUGUAUACGUGUGUAAAGCCAACAACAGUGUGGGAACCGGAAGUGGUGACUACGUCACUCUCAUGGUUCAAGAUGUUCCAACUGUGACGGCUCCAGUUGUCUCUUGGAAUUUAACGGCUGGUGAAAAUGUGACAUUAGCCUGUAACGUGACGGGGUACCCCAAUGUGACCGAGGUCUACUGGCAGAGGAUGGUCAUUGGAGGGGAACCGGAAACACUAGCAAUUGAUGGAGUUAAAUACGCAGGCGCCACCCUCGAGGACGCUUCCCUCACAAUUAACACCGUAAGGGGACCCGACAGUGCUGUAUAUAUUUGCAAAGCAAACAACAGCAUUGGGACCGGAAGUGGCGCCUCUGUCACUCUCGUUGUUCAAGACGUUCCAUUGGCGACUGUUCUUUCGACAUUGUUGAAUGGGGAUGCUGGUGACAAUGUGACCCUGGGCUGUACCGUGGCUGGAAGCCCUCCUGCGACCGAUGUGUACUGGCAAAAGAUUGUCAAUGAAUCGGACUUUGCGACAAUAGCUGUUGAUGGUCUCAACUAUGUUGGAGUGACCCUGGAUGACCCCUCCCUCACCAUUGUCACUGCAGUGCAAGUCGACAGCGCCAUCUAUGUUUGUAAAGCAAACAAUAGUUUUGGAACCGGAACAGCUUUACCCGUAACUCUUAAUGUCAGAUCGAUUUCAGUGGAAUACAACGGGAGCCUGUCUUUGAACGAGAGCUUCGAUGCUCAGUUAUUUAAUAAGAGCAGUCAACAGUACAAGGAUAAAGAGGCGGCCUUUAUUGACAUGAUGGAUGGGCAAAUUCUCAAUUCAUUCAAUAAAACAAACACUACGGUUCUCGGUUUCAGUAAUGGAAGCACCAUUGUUGAUUAUAUCAUCGAGUUCUUCAAAAAUGAACUGGAAAUGGCCGGAACACAAGUUCUUGUGAUUAGUGACGUUGUCAAUGAGGCGAUUAUUGAGUAUGUGGAGAACUCUCCGAACAGUACCAACACUUCGCAAGACUAUUUACAGAUCUUGCCCAAUACAAUUCAAGGGGUCAUACAAAAAACAGAUGACUGUGCUAAAGUCCCCUGCCUAAAUGGCGGUACCUGUUACGACUACUUCGCAGACUACACGUGUUUAUGUAUGUCCGGAUACAGCGGGAAAGAUUGCUCAGAAGACAUGGACGUGUGUGGUUCUAGAUCCUGUUACAAUAACGGGACAUGCCUUGAAGGAGUUGCCGAUGCUUACUCCUGCGUUUGUGAUGACAGGUCCACCGGAGAUCACUGCGAAACACAUGUGUGUGAGGACGAGUUUUGUUUUAACGGCGGAACAUGCAUCCCCCGAAAUGAUACCGCUGCUGCCUACUGUAUGUGUGAUGACAAGCAUGCCGGAAGUUUCUGCGAAAUGCCAUUUUGUGGAAUCGACUUUUGUCACAAUGGAGGAACAUGUCCGGAUGACGUCGCAUCAUACUGUAUGUGUGGCGACCAGUACACUGGAUCUCAUUGUACUCUAGAUAAAAUGGUAUACCUACAAGGACCGGAUGGCAACUUCAGCUCGCCGAAUUACCCUAUGAAGUACCCUAUUCUAGUGGAUAGAACAUGGGUAAUAACAAUGGGAACGGAUGACAUUGUUUUAUUGACAUUCUCAGAAUUCAAACUCGAGGAAGGGCUUGAUUACGUAAGAGUUUUCGAUGGAGGAAGUGUCUUCUCAACUGAAAUAGCUAGUUCGACGGGAUACUACAUUCCGGGCCCAUUCAAAUCCACUGGUCCAAACAUGACCGUUCAGUUUGUUAGUGACUCCAGCACAGUGGACAUGGGAUUUAAGGCUCAUUACACUUCAGACCCUGUGAUCUACCUUAGUGGACCGACAGGAACUUUCACCAGUCCAAAUUACCCUAAUUUCUAUGACAAAUUCUCUGACUUUACCUGGUUAAUUACCAUGUUACCAGACCAAGCUGUCCUGUUGACUUUCUCUCAUUUCGCCACAGAAAAUCGUUAUGAUUACCUUUACGUAUAUGAUGGAUUGGAUAUGAGCUCAAACCGAAUAGCCACGUUGACGGGAGAUGUCCUACCAUACCCAUUCCGAUCUACCACUCGCUACAUGACUGUGUUAUUUCAGAGUGACUUUGCUUUCCAGGAUUCCGGGUUUAAUGUAUCCUACUCUCCAGUUAAGCAAGGGAAUUUAGGCGGCCUCCAAGGAACCAUUUUCAGUCCCAACUAUCCACAACAGUAUUCUGCUGGCGACGACAUAAAGUGGAUUAUUGAAGUAGAUUCUAGAUAUUAUAUAAGUUUACUAUUCAAGGUGUUUAACCUUGAAGACUAUUAUGACAAUCUUUAUAUUUACGACGGAUCGGAUGUUUCUGCACCUCUGAUUGCAGGUUUGACGGGAUCCGAUCCUCCUGACACUAUCUCAUCAACAAGGAAUGUAAUGUUGCUACAUUUUGUGUCAGACGGGUCUAUACAAGAUGAUGGAUUCGAGAUCGACUAUAUCACUAUACAACUACCCUGUGUGGACGGCCAGAUCGCUUGCAGUGAUGGCGCGUGUGUUGACAUUACCCGCACGUGCGACAGCGUUGUUGACUGUACAAGUGGCUUUGACGAAUGGCCCUGUUUGAAAGAUGGGUUUGAUCAGAAUGUCAUAGUAUGGACUGACGUGGACAUCUUAGCCAGUGAUGGUACCGUCGAAGACUAUCAUGCGGUCCUGAGUCAGAAUCUACCUACAAUCUUACCGAUUGCCCAAUACGACGUAAAAUACCUGAUAUUAAACAAUUUUUCAGACUAUAGCAGCAGAAGGAAGCGCGAGGCGAACAAUGAUACCAUAGAAAGCUUUCGCUUGGGAAUCCGAUUAAGUAGUGAUGCUGCUACCCCUAUCAACACCUCUUCCGUUACCUCACUGACUUCGCUCGGGCCAUUAUCGUUUCCGAUCCUGGAAAAUGGGGUCCUUGUUCUCAGCUUCCGGAGUGCAAAUAUUGAGAAUAUAACAGCAGAAGAACUUUACCCGGGCCAGCCUAACAUGACGGCAUCGGAUGUGCGGCUAACUGGUGGCCCUUCAUGUUACCAAGGACGUGUAGAAGUCAGAAAUAAAGGUGUUUGGGGUACCGUUUGUCCAUCAUCCGACUGGGGACCGAAGGAGGCUGCAGUCGUCUGUCGCAUGCUAGGGCUUGGUUCAGCCAACGCAGUUGCGUACUUGGACAUGGCAUCACACGGCGACAUGCCGACAUGGCUCGGGGCAGUGUCGUGUUUCGGCAAUGAGAGCUCCCUCUCUGACUGUGACCAUAACGUGUGGGGAGUCACCCCGCAUUGUAACCCUUCUGACGGGGCAGUGUUCACAGCCGCAGUGGCAUGUGAUAACAGAGACCCAAUGCUAAAGUGUACGUUCGAACUGGGUGACAUUUGUGAUCUGACAAGCAACGGAGAGGGACACUGGCAUGCAUCAAUGGCUGAUACUAAUCCCAAUAUGUACAGUGGCCCACAGACUGCCAUGGUAGGGAAGUGGUACCUGCUGUAUGACUCAGACAAUAAUUUCAUCAACAUCCCUUCCAUCUUACAAACACCCAUGAUUAGGGGAGGGGCGCCAGUUUGUUUGUCCUUCUACUACUAUAUGUACGGCCAUGAGAUAGGUAAACUCCAUGUAUAUGACACGUUCGGUAAUACCGUCAUGGAGGUUAAAGGGGACCAGGGUCGACGUUGGCACUUCCUCAAAAUGACACUCAACCAUACCAUGGACUUCCAGGUUUUCUUUGAGACGACAAACUCCAAGCCGUUCAUUUAUGCUGGCGAUGUAGCAAUUGAUGAUAUGUAUUUGGUGUCUCGGGAGUGUGCGGACGAAUGGCAUUCGUGUUCCCUGCCUCCCAUGGCGCCUACCGUGGCGCCGACCGAUGGACCCGUGAUCAGCUGCAUGUUUGGUGUCGAGAACAGCAGAGACAUGUGUGGAUUCAACACUGCAGUUGUCAAAGGACAACAGGACUGGCUACACAGUGAAGAUGUGAACAAAACACAAACAAGACCUGGAGUACAACUGCCUUCUUCUGAUGAUGGAAACUACAUGGUUUACUACGACGAAAGUGGCAAUGCCACUGAAGGUGGUAUGGCAAUUCUCGUUUCCCCGACGUUUGAAACCAAUAUGGCCAGCAAACUAACAUUCCUCUUCAACAGUGCAGGCCGUAAUACAAUGACCGUCAAAGCUAACGAUACUUUACUCGAUACUGUAUCAAAUAUAGAAGGUAAAUGGAUAUACAAGUGCAUGGACCUACCAGCUAGUGUUACGGUCUCGCUGAGCUUCACAGCUACCCAAGGGCUUGACAAUGACAGCCAUAUUGCAGUGAAGGAUGUGGCAGUAGAGUCGGGCAGUUGUCCAGGUCCUGGAAGCUGUACCUUUAAUGAGCCAGGGGAUUGUGGGUACCUCUCCUUGUUCGACCCAAAUAUGGCAAUGAUGGAGUGGAGAAAGAUACAAGACACCACAUCGAUGUCGUCGAAAGGAGAUGUAUUUGCGAGUCAUCAGUAUAACGGCAGAGGCGAGUAUUACGACGGAUUUACAUCAUGGCUCCUCUCGCCAUUCUUCGUCUCCCAACAUCUCUCCAGCGUGACAUUUCACGUUACUAAACGUGGAGGCUCUCGCUUUGCUGUGGGCCUCAUUAACGGCAGCGAUAUUUUAAAGGACCAAAAUCUAACGAGUGUUUUACAUAUGCACAAUACAAACCGAUCCAACUCAAUAUUAACGCCACUGUUAGUUAUAGAGAAGUCUGAUAUGUCUAACAGCUGGAGGAGUUACUGUGUUGACGUCAGCAGAGCCCAGAAUCAAAACAUCAGCUUUGUGCUUAUCCAUGAAGGUGUAGAUUAUAACCAGGAGUCAGAUGCUUUCGUGUAUGUGGAUGACAUUGUUAUGGGAGGAGAAAGCUGUCAGAAGAGUCUUGAGACUUGCGACUGGGAGGCGCCUCACACAUGUGGUAUUAGCUAUGACGCUAAUGACAUCUGUCCAGAUGAAACAGAUUACCGUUGGCAGCUCGAACGUUACAUUGAUGAAUACAUAUUGAUAGCUGAUUCAUCUUACGGUCACCCCUGGGAUACCGCCGCUGUCAACUUGCAGUCUGACGGAUCCGGUCAAUACCUACAUUUCAAGUACAGAUUCCGUAGUAACCAGUCAACAUAUUUAAAUUUGACAUAUGGCACCUAUGAGGCUGUCAUUUCAAAUUUAUUCUAUAUUGACAACUUCCAAGAAUACUGCUUCAUGGUCCCAAGCAUGAAUCAAAGCCAAGGACAAAAACUCUGGAUUGCAACACAGAGAGGCCAAGGUCCAGAAUCAGAUGUCGGCGUAAAAGAUAUCGGUUUGUCGGACACCCCAUGCCCAGAGGUGUCAGCAAACUGUACCUUUGAGGAAUCAUGUGGCUAUGCCAUGGACAAAGGAUGGGAUAUAAAAGAAUACCGACCGACACAAGAACAUUAUCUUUCUAUCCAUACGACAUUUUCUACGUACCAGUAUCGCUCGGUGUUAUCUCCGACUGUGGUAACCAGCACCUCUUCCUGCGUGGCGUUCACGUACCUUAUGAAACUCUCUGUAGCUAAUACCACGAGCUACAUCAAGGUUAACUGGUUUGAUCUUUUAUACGAGGACCCAAUGCCAAUGGAAGCUAUGAAGAUCACAUAUCACUCCAACGACUGGUUAGAGCGUCGGUUCAAUGUUCCUGGACACAAAUUCAAGUUCCAGUUUCAGGCCAUUGCCGACAAUGUAGCAGAGUAUGGAAUAGACAACAUACGGGUCACGGAAGGCAGCUGUCAGCCUGUUGUUUGCAGCGAUAAUCUAUUCUCCUGUGGUAGCGAUGAUAUGUGCAUCGCUAUGGAACACGUGUGUGACGGUAUAGAACACUGUCCUAACGGCAUGGAUGAGUAUCAAUGUGAUUCGUUGGUAGCUGAUAGUUUCAACUGUUCCUUUGAAACUCCGAACAAGUGUGGAUACCGGACUUUCAUGAGUGAAAUUUCCCAAACAAGUGUAUGUGACCACACAAGUGGAGAUGGCUCAGGGUUUGGUAUGAUACUUUCCUAUGGCGUAGCCCCAACGGACACGAAUGGAUUCACUCUACAGUACAUGGAAAGUCCCCAAGUCAAUGUAGACAAACACAGCUGUCUUACAUUCUACGUCUUAGGUAAAAAUGACAUUCCCCUGCGUGCAAGCAUCAAAUACAGUGAUGGUGGCAUACAUCGGAUCGGUGAUUGCAUUUCCCAUGGCGGAGAGGAGCAAGGCUGGUAUCGACAAUUACUGGAUAUUCCUCCGGGAAACUAUAGUCUUGUUUUUGAGGCAGGAGAUUACUUUUUGACGUUAUCUUUUAUGACGUGCCUUGACGAUGUGAGCGUGAUACAUGGCAAAUCGUGUGACAAUGUUGGGUGUGGCCACAACGAGUUCCUGUGUCAUAACUCUUCCGUGUGUAUCCCUGACAACCUUCGAUGUAACUCGUACAACAACUGUCCCGACGGCGAGGAUGAGUACGGCUGUGAUCUUAACGUAACUUGUAGCUUUGAUGAUGAUAUGUGUGGUUACAACAACGACACAAACAACGGUUACCAUUGGCAAUGGACGCCUUCACUAUCGUACUGGGGCAUCACUCUGGAUAGCGAUCCUGCAUCUGGCAGUUUCCUAUACAUGGGAUGUCCUAACACAUAUCUUAGAAACGUAGGCCUUUCAAGUCCUCGAUAUCGACCCUCUGUUCAUGGCAAUUAUUUUUGUCUGCGUUUGUCAUUAGCUUGGUUUCACCCAUACUUUUUCUCCCAUUCAAAACUCCAAGUUGAACUGCAUCAGGAAAAUGAAUAUAAGAAGAUGAUAUUGGAGAUAAAAGAAAAAGAAAAGAAACAGGCAGUUUGGCAAGUUUAUGAAGUGAAUACAGGAUACCUAACUUCAAAAAUUCGAUUAACAUUUAGCGCUACGACCUUCCAGAGCUUUAUUGCAUUGGACAACAUCACACUGGUGGAGGGCAUGUGUGAACAAGGAUCUUCAAGCCCGACUACAUUACCUCCAGAAACUACAACCGCUCCUUUAAAUUCGACUACAUCAUCGACUAAUUCUUCAGGAUCUUCAAAUACAACUACAAUGUCUCCAGAAAAUACAACUGCCUCUGUGAAUUCGACUACAUCGCCGACUAACUCUUCAGUUUCUUCAAAUGCAACAACUGUACCUCCAGCAAAUACAACUGCCUCAGUGAAUUCGACUUCAUCACCGACUAACUCCACAGGUAUGUGUACUAAGAUAGCCUACGAGAAGUGUACCGAAUACGGCUUUCACUACACCAUGAUGCCCAAUGUUCUGUGUCAUCGCUUUUACCCUCAUGCUGAAUAUUCCAUUAGCAUGGCCUAUGCCAACAGGGUAGACGGUGUGGGAUCUCCGGAGUGUGAACGUGCUCUCACAGAGGGCUUAUGUAUUGUUCACUUCCCGAUCUGUGCCAAUGACACAGUUAUACAGCUUUGCAGGGACCAAUGUAAAAAAUAUUUGGACAUUUACAAAUUUUGCUGGCCUAACCAACCUGAUCCGUCUUACUAUAAGAAUAUAUGUGAGUUGCUGCCCACUGACAACUGUAAAGGAAUUCAGAGUAUUGAAAAUUUCAACUUUACUUCACCACCUACCACUAGUGCUCCACCGGCAAUAACUUGGCCUGAUUCCAUAGCAGACGAAAUUAACGUGACUGUGAAUGACGAUGGGGUAGCCAUGGUGACCUAUAAAGGAAAACAUAUUCCUACAUGCUUCCUUCAGCCUACAGAGGUCCGAAUUCUGUGUAGCAAAGCGGGAUAUAGCGCCGGCCACAAUCAGUUAGGAGAUGCUGUAGAUGAAGCUGUCGAUAUAUCCUGCAGUGAUAACAGUACAACAUUGUCUGACUGUUACGCGUCGGUAAAGUCCUGCUCCAGUGGUGUUCUCCAGUGUGGCGAUGCUAAUGUGAACUGUGGCUUCAGAGGGAACAUACCUAUGUGUGGAUAUCAUGCCUCCAGCACAUGGACGUUAUUAUCAGAGUCCGUCAGUAUCCUCGAACUGCAUACAAAAGAAGGGCAGCAUGACUCCAUCGUAUCACCAAGCUUUACAACGCCUCAAAACGGAUCUCUUUACUUCAGCUACAAGCUAUCGGGUUCUGCUGUUGGUCUUCUGACCUUGACCCUUAAUAACAAGGUCAUGUUCCAAUCAGACUACAGCCUUACAGAUUCUGUCAUAGAAGUGUGUAUUGACCUGCCGGCUAAUGAGCUUGUCAGUGCUAUGUUCUCUUACGUCCGAGGUUCGGACGAGGUAACAGAGUAUGUGUUCGAAGCUGUUUCCAUUCACUACGUCAAAGUAUCAGCCGACGAUGUUUGUCCAGCAUUCUCCAAAGACAGAUCAUGUGACUUUGACAGUGCAGGCUUGUGUGGUGUUCAAUUUUCAUCUGAAUGUGAUCCCUGGAGCGGAGGGUAUCUCUCGAGUCCUCGACCAUAUGCAUGGAAACCGAAGCCACAGGACGGCAGGGGAUUCUACCUGUUUGCUGAUGGAAGCUAUGGAGAGCAAGGAGACGAAGCCAUUGCCAUGUUUCCUGACGUCCAUAUGUCCGCUAAUGACACUCUCCGCUUCCGCUAUAUCAGUGAUAGUAAAUUCAACGUCUCUGCUACUUUAAAGGUUUAUGCUUCAAAAGAACUACUGUUCUGGCAAGAUCAUCUGACAGGUGGAUAUUGGGAAGAUAUUUGUUUUCCAUUUAAACCAACCAUCAAUACAGACAUCAAUGCUAAUUUGACGAUCAUUGCCUACCAUGGCAGCAGCGUGUCUAUGGAUGUUGGUGUCGACGCCAUCAGUAUCAGUUCAGAACGCUGUCCUCAUAUAGCCAACUGUAACUUUGAACAACUUUCCAGCACUUGCGGCUACAUUACCGGAACCUCGGAGAAUUCAUCGUUUGCAUUUUUCAAAACUGAAUACUGUGGUGGUAUGGAUCACACACCAUUUGGUCCAGGCUCCAUGAUGUGUGCCCGGCAGUGUGACGGUAAACAAUCUUCAGAUGGAGACAUUGCAACCCUUGAAUCACCAACUUUCGAACUAAAACCUUCAGAAGACAUCUCUGUUUCAUUUUUCUUCCGUAUGUAUGGAGAUAUGACCUCUCUAGAUAUCUCUGUAGGGGCAGAGGAAUCUAAAAAUGAUUCUGUACCACUCUUUGUAGCCCAUGGAGACCAUGGCUAUAGGUGGUAUGAAGUGUGUGCCAAUAUACCACUGACACCGACAAACAAGCAAAUGACCUUGACCGCCAAUGCAAUACAUGGGUCUAAGUGUGAUGGGAUUUACGCUCUGGAUGACAUUGAAUUCCGGUACAGUAAAUGUUCAGAAAUUCUGGUUGACCUCCCUUGCAACUUCAACGAACCAUAUGUAUGUGGAUAUCGCAUAGACAGCAUAAAUGGAUCAAUGUUUAGAUGGAUGAUUGGCCAAGGCAGCACGCUCUCAAUCGAUACGAGACCCCAUAGUGAUGGUGAAGGUCGACAAGAUGGGAACUACAUGUAUGUCCAAGGAUCAAAUUCUACCUUCGGUAAUGUUACUACGCUGUGCUUUCCACCCGUAUCAACGGCUUCCAUGGAAACGCCGACACUUCGUUUCAUGUAUCAUAUGAAGGGAGGUGUGGGCAGUCUCUCAUAUGUUAUCAAUGGCAACAUGAACUGGACACGCUCAGGACAUCAGGACGGAAACUGGUUGCAUGCCUGUCAAUCUGUUCCGGUCGACUCCAAUCUACAAAUCUGCUUCCAAGCCACGGCAAGCCAAUAUGGCGAUGUUAUAGCUCUGGAUGAGGUUGCCAUCACGGAUAAAGAAUGCAAAGCUCCCAACGGGACCUGUGACUUUGAUACCUUGGACGAUCUUUGUUGGUUUAUCAGUACUUCUGAUGGUCUACCCAGUGAUAUAUGGCGUCAAACAAACCGAGAUAAUGAUGACAUUGAUGCAGGUUACGUGAUGGCGUCAGUAGGCGAUUAUACUAACUCUCAACUACUGUCACCUCCGAUACUGUCUCCAAAAGAAGGAGCGCAUUGUCUGUCCUUUGACUACCAUGUAAAAGCAGAUACAGCGAUGUGGUUUUCGGCUAUCCUUUCUGUUCACGUCACACAUAGGAAUGGUAGCAGGGAUCAGCUGCUUUCAAUUAAUGUAAAGCAUGACAUUGGUUGGAAUCAUGCCCAGACUGAAUUCAAUUUUGAACAGAAUGAUUUACUUCGUAUUCUGUUUGCUAGAAGCCACAGCUCAGCAGCCAUAGAUAAGGUUAAAAUUACACAAGGCGCUUGUCCUGCACUAGAUUGUAAAGCUGAUCAAUUCAACUGUACGGAAUGGUGUGUACCAGAAGAAUGGCUAUGUGACCAGUACUUAGAUUGUGGUGGGGACGAAGAUGAAGCAGGAUGUGGUAGGGCGUUGGCGUGUGAUUUCACUCAUCCGUAUCAGUGUGGAUACAAGACACCAUUAGACUCAGCCUUUGGCCUUAAUCGAAUACGUACAAUGUGGGCUGGAACAAAAACCGUCUUUGGUAAUGACGAAAUAACUAGAGAGAUCAAUGAAGACUACUUCAUGGGCUUGUACGGUGAAUUCAUUCCAUCUGAGAUAGACAUGGAAUCUCCAAUAAUGAGCGUUGGUGAACAGUCCUGCUUUCACUUUUCCUACCUUGGGAAUAUAGAAAGUUUACUUGUGACCGAAAUCAAUGGCGGAUCGUUCAAUGACAGCGCGUUUGCCUCACCAUCAGAUUGGAGAUCAGGCCAGGUGCAGUUAUCGUUUGGAAUAGAAGGAAAACAAGAGGUGAAAUUCGAGAUAACUACUGAUUCUUCGAGUCAAGACUACAGCUACGUUGGAUUGGACAGUUUCUACCUAACUUCAGGGAAGUGUCCCAAAGAUCUUGAUUGUGGAGCUGGUCACUACUGUGAGGUCGACUAUAAAUGUAUCCCUAAGUUAGGGAUGUGUGACGGGAAGACUGACUGCAGUGACGGUUCUGAUGAGUUAUGUGAAACUUCCAUCAGCUGUAAUUUUGAGCAUCCAUUUAUUUGCGGAUAUACACAUGAUAUUCCGUGGCAGUGGCGCGCGGCUCAUAGAUUCCAUUUACCGAAUGCGGACCAUACCUACCAACAUCAUCAGAAUCUUUCAGGACACUACAUAUAUAUUGAGAAAAAUGAUAAGGUCACGUACAGCCUUGAUUCCCCAAACCAGUUUGUCAGUGGCGGCUGUGUGUCAUUUUAUUACAACAUGGAGGAAGGCAUUACUGCUGAAUUGCAUGUCUUCAUUUCUGAGAAUAAUACAGAAUCACUGGUCAUGAUUGACAAUGGCGAAAUGAUCAGGCGAGAUGAAUGGAUAUUCGCCCAAUUCCCAUUGCCGACAGGAUAUGAAAGGAAUGUAAGCAUUCGAUUUCAAUUCACUGGUGACCUGGUGAUCAUUUAUCCUGGAAGCCUAGCCAUCGAUGAUGUAAUGUACAGGAACGAAACGUGUGAUAAAAUAGUGAGGUGUGAAAAUUCUAGCUUCCAAUGUGAAUCUGGUGAUUUCUGUAUCCCAUACAACAUGGAGAGGGAUGGUGUGGAGGAUUGCCCAGACGGAUCUGAUGGGACACCUUAUAUAGAUGACUUUAUUCCAACGACAGGUCGUAUCUUUGAGUGCCUGUUUGAAAUGGAAGAUGAGACCAAUUGUCCGUUUAAUCAAAGUGAUAAUGAUGAUUGGUUUUGGACGAGGCAUCAGGAUGAAACACCAUCAGUAGACACUGGUCCCAAUGGUGCUAUACAAGGAGACGGUUACAUGUACUAUGAAACAAGCUUUGACGUGGAGGAGAAUGACACUGCUGUACUGCACACAGAUUUAAUCAAAAUUGAAACCCCAAGUUGUCUCUAUUUCUACUAUAACAUGUAUGGUAUAAGCAUGGGCAAACUGGCAAUAUACGUAGAAAAGAACCAAGUCAGAAGCGAACUCUGGUCAAAGUCUGGAGAUCAAGGCCCGUAUUGGCUGAAAGAUAAAAUCAACAUUUCAUCCUCAGGCAUGCCCCAAAACAUCAGUAUAGAGGCUACUGACGGAGAUGGCUUCCGAGGGGAUGUGGCUGUUGACUAUAUUGUACUAGUUAAUGAAUCUUGUCCGGAAGAUCAGCUAGACACAGAUACGUCAGAUCAAGUUUCUUAUGAAUUUCGCCUUGUGGGCGGGGACAGAGUGAGUUAUGGUCGAGUGGAAAUAGCAUCGAACAACAAUUCGUUCCAGGCAGUGUGUCACUCAGCUUGGACCGAUAAUAACACAAACGUCCUCUGUCGACAACUUGGAUUUGGCCCCCAUGACAUAACCACAAGGACGUUCAGGAGAGGGGAAUAUGGGAGGAUUAGAUCCAACAGUGGAGCUGUGAUGUUCGAAACAUUUUCUUGCAAUGGUACAGAGAAGAUGCUUUACGAGUGUAAUAUCACAGAAGCUGAUUGUACCACUGAUGACCAAGUGGCCAUAGCAUGUUCAGACGAUGUAUGCAUCGCUGGUGAGAAGGCCUGUGUCUCCCCCGGUGAUAUGACUAAACCUUCUAAUGCUACCUGUGUCAAGGCAGAGAAGUGGUGUGACGGCAUUGUAGACUGUCCACAAGCUGAGGACGAGCAUUACUGUGCUAACUGCAGUAGUGCACAUGAAUAUGAGUGUGACAACCACAGGUGCAUGCCCUUGUCUAAGCGAUGUGACGGUAACAACGAUUGUGGGGACUGGUCCGACGAGUUCUCCUGUGUAAGAAUCAACAACGACUAUACAGUAGAGGUAAACCAUGUUGGCGACUGGUUACACAUUUGCAUGCCUGAGCAGGACACGAGGUUGGCUGGGUAUCUAUGUGCUCUUGCCACUUCAGGGGCGUUUUUGUCGUUCCCCGAGUCUGCAAUUAACAGCAGCAGCACGGUGACCAUGGACUACACAACUGACAGUGAGGGUACCAUCCGUAGUCACACCAUACAACCCACAAGUGGUUCCAGUGACUGUAUUGUAUUGAAGCUCCAAUGUAAACCUCAAGAGUGUGGAGCCUCGGCGUUGUCACCAGUGGAGAGGGUUAUAAAUGGGUACGAUACACCCCUUGGAUUUUACCCUUCCAUGCUUUCCUUACACAAAACGGAUAGGGGACACUGGUGCGGAGCUUCACUCAUCGGCCCUAAGCAUGUGCUCACCGCUGCCCACUGUGUGGAUGAUUAUGAGGAGGGCUUGUAUUACCUACUAGGAGGAGCUGUACAGAUUGACAAAUUUCAUACACAAGGAAAAGAAAUGCAUAUUGCGAAAGUGACUCUACAUCCAGACGUCAUCCUUUCUAACAAUGAAAUACAAAACGAUUUUGCUCUCAUAGAGUUGACUUCGCCUGUGGACGAAUCAACAUACCUCAGCUCCGUUUGCUUACCACCGUCAACAACAGAUAUCUACUCAUACCAUUCCUGUUUUGUUCUUGGCUGGGGUGCAACGGAAUAUGGUAGUAUCCCCAACCACCUGAAGAUGUUACAAGUAGACCUGCUAACAGAAGAUGACAUUGAACGCUGUCAUGACAUUGUCAAAAUUAAGUACGGCUUCGUGCCGGCCAAUGGUAUAUGUGUGGACACGAGAGAGAAACACUCUCCAAUAUGUUUUGGAGAUUCUGGCGGCCCACUGGUGUGCAAGAACCAACAGAAUCGAUGGGAACUUAUUGGAGUGACAAGCUUUGGAGACCCCUCCUGUCUGAACUCAGAAAUCACAGAUAUAUAUGAGGGCGUGAUCCCUCACUUGGACUUUAUCUACAAAAACACUGACCUGAACCCGUAAGCACUCUGGGCCUAACCGUGAUGUCUUCGAAUCGUCCAUUUAUUGUCCGUGUCUGUAUCAACAUGAAGUUUAUCUCGGGAAAUCCUAACACCAAAUGGAUAUAAACAUGUUCCCGUUUCAUAACCACACAUACUGCAUUUUUUCGAUGCAAAAUACUAUGCUUUUUCUUCAGACAUCUCCUGACCUUAAAUUCUUCUGUUUGUAACUAGCCACCACUAUCGUGAUUAUCAAUGUACCUUUUGUGACCAUCAGUAUACCUUUGUGACCAUCAGUAUACCUUUUGUAACCAUCAGUAUACCUUUUGUGACCAUCAGUAUACAUUUUGUGACCAUCAAUGUACCUUUUGUGACCAUCAAUGUACCUAUUGUGACCAUCAGUAUACCUUUUGUGACCAUCAGUAUACAUUUUGUGACCAUCAAUGUACCUUUUGUGACCAUCAAUGUUCCUUUUGUGACCAUCAAUAUACCUUUUGUGACCAUCAGUAUACCUUUUAUGACCAUCAAUUUACCUUUUGUGACCAUCAGUAUACCUUUGUGACCAUCAGUAUACCUUCUGUAACCAUCAGUAUACCUUUUGUGACCAUCAGUAUACAUUUUGUGACCAUCAAUGUACCUUUUGUGACCAUCAAUAUUCCUUUUGUGACCAUCAAUUUACCUUUUGUGACCAUCAAUGUACCUUUUGUGACCAUCAAUAUACCUUUUGUGACCAUCAAUUUACCUUUUGUGACCAUCAAUUUACCUUUUGUGACCAUCAAUGUACCUUUUGAAAAGUGGAUUUCCACAGGGACUGUGUAUAGUAUUGAAUUAUAAGGAUUAACUUUAAUAUAUUUUUUAUGUUAUGGAGCUAUAACACAAAAAACCGGAUUGCACUCUCAUCAUAACCUAAAAAAUAUAUUCAAGUUAAUCCUUAAGUAUUUCAAAUGAUUUUUUUCUUAGGGACUCAAGCCUCUAAGGGAAAUCACAUUAUCAUCACGUCUUAUGUAAAUAUAAUUAACUAAAUGUUUACAACAUAUUAAUAUUUUCGGAAUAGAAAAUGUUUCAUUAUCCAUAUAAUGUUUUUUGGUGCUUUAAGUAAGAAAUGUAAUUUUGGAUCCGGAAGCUGAGGACACGUGCAUCGACCAUAGUGUUAGUGAUGUACUUUUAACGUGCAAAAGAAGUGAUGGCAGGAGUUUAUUUAGGUCAACUGAGUAAGAUACAUUGAAGUUAUCAUGUUAUCAAGUCGCCUUAAUUAUUACGAUAGCGAGACAAUAAUAAGUAUCCCGAUCUCCUAAGUAAAACUUGUGAGAUAAUGUUGGCGACAUAAUUAUCUGGAAUUAACUCAACUGGUGGCACGAAUAUGCCACCUUAAAAUAUAUACAUUGUAUGUAAAAUACGUAGAAAUAAAUCCAUGCCACACGUCAAUAUGUAUUUUUAUGUAAAACAAUAUUUUUUACUAGCUAUAACUAUAUGACAAGUUUUAUUAAAGUUUUCUAAUCGUAUGUAUAAAUAGCUCUUAGAGUUUUGUCAGUUUUUCCAUUCGUUGGGUUUGUGAAGACAACGUGAAUAAUAAAUCUAACUGUGACGUCAAAUUCUCAGGUAUUUAAAAAAAAAAUGUGAUCACCUUUUAUAGAUUAUAGCAAGAAUCCAGUCAGACCAAAUACUUCUUGGGGAAAGUAUUGAAAAUAUUGAAAAACGUGAUUGAUAGAAUUCUGAGCAUAGGCAUUGUCUAUAAAGUCACGGAUAUAACAGGUGUGGUAUAAGCAUGGGACAACAUUCUAAAUGUUGAAAUAGACAGAAAAUGUACAUAAAUAUGUGUGUAUAUAUGCAUAGAUAAAUAUAAUAUAUAUAUAUUCUAGAAUGAACCUUGUAAGAUAUAUAAAUAUAUAUGGCUGUACCACGGAAAGCUGUGUGGUUAGUAUGGGAGGAAUUAAGGAGUAAAUUUUAUUGAAAUCAAAAGAAAACUGCAAUAUUUAGCACUGUGAUCCCCUUGCCCUCCUUCUGUCGGUGGAGACUUAGACAGUUCGGUGAGAUAUAGACAGUCAAAGGAGAUCUAGACAGUCAAAGGAGAUCUAGACAGUCAAAGGAGAUUUACAUAGUCGGGGGAGAUUUAGACGGGAGGGAGGGGGGGCGAUCUGGACAGUCAAAGGAGAUCUAGACGGUCAAAGGAGAUUUACAUAGUCGGGGGAGAUUUAGACAGUCGGGAGAAGGGGGGCGGAUCUGGACAGUCCGAGGAGAUCUAGACAGUCAAAGGAGAUUUACAUAGUCGGGGGAGAUUUAGACACUCCGAGGAGAUCUAGACAGUCAAAGGAGAUUUACACAGUUGGGGGAGAUUUAGACAGUCCGAGGAGAUUUAGACAGUCCGAGCGAAUUUAGACAGUCGGGGGAGAUCUGGACAGUCGGAGGAGAACUAGACAGUCAAAGGAGAUUUACACAGUCGGGGAAGAUUUAGACAGUCGGGAGGGGGGGGGGGGAUCUGGACAGUCCGAGGAGAUCUAGACAGUCAAAGGAGAUUUACAUAGUCGGGGGAUAUUUAGACAGUCUUAGGGGUUCAUGUUUGUAAAAUCAUGAUGUAUUUCGUAUAUCUUGCAUAAAAUGCUUUAUGUCUAAAAUGAAGAGGAUGUACAUAAUAUAAAACAUAGCGUGCUAAAUAUAGAAAUAUUAAUAUAACUAGGCAGUGUAUUGAAAAUUAUAAGUAAAUAGACCAAUACAGUGAGAGAACAAAUGUGGUCUGCUUGUUAAUAUAUUGACAUGGGCAUGAUAGAGUGGUAUCACAAUAGAUCUUGUAACGUUAUGGACGGCUCGUUUCGAUUAUGUUAUGGGAGACAACUCCAACGACAACAUGAGUAAUAGGAAAAUCAAAAGGUAGUUUCAUGAAAAAAACAGACGUCAAUGUUAAUAUGAACGGCUGUUUUGGGUUCACGUGCUACACAAAUCAAAAAUCAAAUUCAGAAUUAAUAUUUCUUCACCCCUAACUCUAUCAUCAAGCUGGUGUACAAUUAAUUAUUGAUUUUUAUUGUUGUUUAAAAUGUUAAACAAACAAAUAACGCUGGUUUUAAUAUACAUGUAGUUGAAUGAAGCUUGAUAACAAGGGGAGAUCAUCCUGUAUUAAGAAACCACAGUCAGGAAUUUUAUAAUGUGACUUUUUAUUGUAGAUGAUCCGCUAUUUUCAUAGGUUUGUAGUUUAAGUUAACAUGAAUAUACCUGCAAUGGAAUAUUAAAUAAGUGGUUUCUUAACACAAGAUAUAUAUCUCUCAUUUCAAGCAAAUUUUAUUGUUCCUCAAAGUAAGCAAUUUUUGAGAACAUCAUGAAAUACAAUUGUUUACAAAAUUGCAUAUCAAAUCAAUACUUUUUCUUUUCAAAACAGAUGUCAACUUUACGAAAGAUGCGGUUGGCAAUCUGUAUCUGAAUCAUCUAACAUUUGAGUAUGCCAAAGUUACUCUAUUGUGGCAGACAUCACAUUUCUCAAGGUGUUAAGCAUGACGAAAUUUGUAAAACAACACUCCUGUAUAGUCCCUUUCCUACCUCCUUGUUGAAGGUACACACAAAAAAAGCCUAUGUUACAAGAAAUGUUGGUUUACAGGUUACCUAGCUUGGCCAGAACUGCUUGUCUUUGUUGUUACGUACAGCAGUGGUAGUCGGUACCAACCUCACACCUGAUUAUCUACACUAAACGCUUUAAUACAUUGCUGCACUAUUUGUUGACGUAUUUGUUUAUAUGUACACCAAUAAAUCUUCUUAAAUCUAC